CACGUGGCACCAUCCCUCCGUCCCGUCCCGUCCGCUCCCAUGGCCUCGGUGCAAACGCUCCAUUUGCCUGACAAGGACGCCAAGCUCGGCUGUGGCUUCGACAGCACCUGCAGAGAGGUGACGAAAGUGCAGCCAGGCUCCCUGGCAGAUCAGCAUGGAGUGGCUCCUGGCUUCAUUCUCAUGUCCAUCAACGGCGACGACUCCCUCACCGGGGACAUCAAGGAAAAGCUCAAGGCACGGCCGGUCACCCUGCAGCUGGGACCCAAAGAGGCAAAGGAGGUGGUGACUGAGGCCUCGCCGCACAGUCCUCCGGAACCAGAAGGAGUCGUCACGUUGGUGGCCAUGGAGGGCAGCCUGGGCUUUGGGGUGAGCGCCUUUCCCCCGGUGGAGACGAAGAUUUGGGUGAAGAAGGUGGAGCCUGAGGGCUGGGCUGCGCAGCAUGGAGUGAAAGAAGGCUUUCAACUUCUCAAGGUCCAGGGGCAGGAGGCCAGCAGCAUGUCCAAUGAGGCCUUUCGCAGCGCGAUGAAGUCGGUGCGGCCGUUGGAGCUGACCUUCCAAUCUGCGCCUGAAGCUGCCGACACGGAACGCGAAGCUCACCUUCCCGCCAAGACCCACCUUCCGACAGAGGCGGUGAACGUGAAGGUGCCAGACUCUCCGCCUGCGCAGCCAAGCGUGACGAGCGCAGCGGUGGAUGAAGAGCUCGAGAGCCUCCGGACGAAGCUGGCGUCCAGCACCGACGAGCUGCGGAGGGCCCAAGCAGAGCUGACGGAGGUGUCGCAAAAGAGCCAAGCCAGCCAAGAAGAGCUGACUGAAUUGAAGGAGCAGCUGGCGGCGAAGGAUCGCGACCUCAUGGUCGUGAAUCAGAAACUUCUGGCAUCCAAUGCAUCCAACGAUGAAGAAGCGAAGAAGGAGAUUGCCGAACUCAAGAGGCGCCUGGAGGAACAAGAGGAGGAACUGAAACGAACCAAGCAGGAAGUGGAGGCUGCAAAGGCGAGCCACGAGAGGCACAUUGCUGAAAGCCAGACGCAGGCCGCUCCGCCUCCCGCGGCCGAGCGUCCCACAGAGCCGGGGCUGGCCGAGGGCGACUUCGCGAAGCGGGUGCGGGAGGCUGCCGAGGUGAGGGACCUGAAACAGCAACUGGAACUUGAGAUCAAGUCCCUUCGCGGAGAGCUGGAAGGCUUAAAGGCCGAGGUGGAUGUGAUGCGAAGUGCGCUGAAGGGACACCAUGGAGAUCUACAUCCGCCGGUGCCGGUGUCCAACGGGUUAGCGGACGUGGAUCUCUUCAAAGUCGUGCAGCCCUUGCUGCGGCCGGGCGGCGAACGACGGAGCCAAGCACUCCAAGCGGUGGAGGUGGCGCUGCGGAAUGGCGCGUCGCCCAACAGCUGGAAAGGCCCCGGCUCACCCUUGCAAUCUGCUGUCCAAGCGAGAGCUCCAGAUCUGGUGGGCUGCCUCUUAAAAGCUCAUGCAGAUCCAGGUGAAAUCGACGCUCACGGGGUCUCCUGCGCAGCCGGUGGCGGAGGUGAGCAAGCAGCUGCUGGAGGCACAGGCCAAUCCGAAUGUGACCGAUCGAUAUGGGCAAACGCCCAUUUUCUUUGCCCCCACUCGGCUGAUGUGCAUGACACUGCAGAACUUCCAAGCCGAUGUGAAUGCCACCAACCGGAAAGGGCAAUCGCCGCUGCAUUUGGCCGCCAAGGGCGGCUUAGGAGACGUGCUGCACUUCCUCAGUGCCAAGGCCAAUCCAAGCGUGCUGUCCUUGCGGGAUGCCUCGGGACAACGCGCGGCGGACUACGCCAAAGCUGCGGGCCUCCACGCGAUGUUGGGCAAACUGGAAGGACAGGCAUCGAGCCCCACGAGCCCCAGCCCUCGCAGUGCUGCCUCCUCUCCGGUCAAUACCAGGUGAUGCACCGAGACCACCGCGGAGACCACCGGCCUCCGCCCCUCUGGGCGCCGCAGCCGCCGCUUAGCACGUGGCCCUGGUGCCCAACCGCUGCCGCUGGGUCCGGGGCCAGGUGCUAAGCUGCCGAACUCCGCCACCCAAAAGGGUGGAGACUGGGGAUCGUGGCGCUGUCGAAC